AUGGGUAAAGCAAGCGACUUUUUCACGCUGCCUCCUGUGUUCCUGGGGGAAGAAAGAGAAAGUCCCCCAGAUAAAGGACAAAAAGCAUUUCUAACCAAUGUCCUCUUUGUGAUCAUCUUGGGUGAUGUGGAACUGCUCGUGGUUUCUGAAGGUUCCUUUCUCUUUCCAGAAGCCAGCGGGUUCUCACCGAUCCCUUUUCUGUUUGUUUCAGCUGCUGUAAGGAACCUCUGGCCAGAAGGCAGCACUGAGCCCCAUGCAGCAAACAUCACCUUUGGUCAGAAUCAAGUGGACUUUUCCACAUUGGCCUCCACGGAGGGGCUGAAGGUUCAGACCCCCGACCAGAGCCACGCUCCUUCAGAUGCUCCAGAAAAUUUCACUCCGCACGCUCAAACAGCAGCUGCUGGAGGAACAAACCACUCCUGGAGGAGAACAAAGGUCCCCACUGCCCCUGCUGGGCCCGAGCGAGCAACGGCUCUGACUUCCCCGAGCAGCACCUCAGCCUUGGGAAGGCUUCCCCUGCCAGCCAGCAGCCCAGGGUCAGAAGGAAGAGGUGCCCCUUCUCACCCAGAGAGCAGACCCUCCUGGGGUUUCCCGGCGAGGGAGAAGGGGCUCCCCAAAGAAGUGACCGUGCAGACCCCUGUGGCCACUUCAGUGUUGAGCCAGUCCUCUCGUCCUGCGUUGGAGACGGGAGAAGAGGCCUCAGUCUCCAGGAAGGGAAAUUCCUCGGAGCCAGAGCCGUCCUGGCUGCUUUUCUCCAGGACCUCAGCUUCCUUCCCGCCCUCAGGUCACUCCACAGCUUCUGGAAGUAUGGAAGAGCUAAACAACUCCACUGCUCCUCAAAGCCCCUCGGUCAGCUGGGCAAAGAGUGUGCAGGUUGCCACGACGUUCCCCAAUGGUGUCCCAAGGGAGACCCAGUCUGUAGCUGUCAGUGUGGGAUGGCUAAACGAGACAGAAGGUUUCUCUGAGGACGCUGAAGUUGCCCCAACGUCAGCUUCAGUUCAUUCUUCACCAUCUGAGGCAGAAUUGAGGAGAAACACCGGAAUAACCAGGAGUCUAGGGGAUGGGAAAUUCAGUGAGUCAUCCACAGAAAAUGGGUUUGGCCUUACAUCUUCUGAGGUCGCAGUGGGAUUUUGGCAAAAUGAUUCCCCAGUCCCGGAAGGACCCCCGCAGGCCAGCGGCUCUGAUAAGAAGAAUGGGAGCCCCAUGUCUCGGACCGAGUCUGUGGCUGGGUCAGUCCCGUUGGGUGGAGCUGGAGAGAGCACUGCACACUGGAUCUUGACCAACAGCAAGACAUUUGAAGAUGUGACAGGAAGCUCUACUUCCUACCCUGGAGUUGUGAACUCUUCCGUUCUGACCCAGUUCUCAGCCUCUGCCCCACAGCCGAGAGGAAGUGACACCGUGCUGGGGGGAGGGAGCGACGCCGAGCUGGCCACCGAGUCUUCGUCUUCCUCCUCCUCAGAAAGCCUGGAGUCCUCAGCACCGCGCGGUGAACGCUCGACCACUGAAGAUAGUCCUGAGCUGGGAGUCGGUGCCGACACACAGCAGGGGUCCGAGGGAACACCCGGAGCCCGCGCUCACAGCCCCCACACUUCAGCCACCUUCACUGGAAACGGGGAGCGCACACUGCGAUCUGUCACCAACCAGACUUCCGGGGAUGAGGGGCGCUCCCAGACGGCACCCCGAGAAGCAGAGAGCGCCACUCCACAUGGGAACGUGACCGCGGCCGCACCCCUCCCAGCCACAAGCACCCGCUUGGCCCGGACACCGCCAGCGUGGACAGCCACCACUCCCAAGACGCCCCCUCCCCCCGUGCCCACGCCCGGCCCCUCGUCAAGCACAGCCACUCCGCUGGCUGGCCCCGCCGCAGCGCAGACCACGGCUGGGAAACGGUUCUUGCCGACCAGCCCUGAAAUGCCAGCGCCACGGAUCUCCACAGAAGUCGUCGUUACCACUAAAAGGAGCCGAGCGCCUGUCGGUGACACCACCCGAUGGAGCUCCCUGACCAGUGCACCCACAUCAGCAACAGUACUGACCACGGGGCCGGGGGUUUCCGAAGGGGACAGCCCGGCUCCCCCUUUCCUCAGGACGUCUCCCUCUCCCCGGAGCACAGACGCUUCUCCGGCCGAAGUGUCGUCUCCCCGGGCCACCACCUCCCGUGCUCAGAGCGGCACGCAGUCACCCCCGAGGUCGUCUCCAGCCUCAGUGAACAGCUGCGCCCCUAACCCUUGCCUCCACGAUGGGAAAUGCGUUGUGGACCCCGCCCGCCGUGGCUAUCGAUGCGUGUGCUCACCUUCCUGGCAAGGGAAGGACUGCAGUGUGGAUGUGAAUGAGUGCCUCUCCAACCCCUGCCCACCCCUGGCCGUGUGCAACAAUACUCAGGGAUCCUUCACCUGCAGAUGCCCCAUUGGGUACCAGCUGGAAAAAGGAAUAUGCAAUUUGGUUAGAACCUUUGUGACAGAGUUUAAAUUGAAGAAAACGUUUCCCAAUUCCACCGUGGAGAAACAUUCGGACCUACAUGAAGUUGAAAAUGAGGUCACCAAAACGCUGAAUAUGUGUUUUUCAAUGUUACCUGGUUAUACCCGAUCCACAGUUCGUGCUUCAGGAGAGUCCAGCGCCGUGGUCCUGUCGCUGCAGACCACCUUCUCCCUGGCCUCCAACGUGACGCUGUUUGACCUGGCCGAUGGGAUGCAGAGGUGUGCCAACUCCUGCAGGUCCUCUGCUGAGGUCUGCCAGCUCUUGGGAUCGCAGAGGCGCAUCUUUAGAGCGGGCAGCUUGUGCAAGCGGAAGACCCCGGAAUGUGACAAGGAGACCUCCGUCUGCACGGACCUGGACGGGGUGGCGCUGUGCCAGUGCAAGUCGGGCUACUUCCAGUUCAACAAGAUGGACCACUCCUGCCGAGCGUGUGAAGACGGAUACAGGCUUGAAAACGAAACCUGCAUGAGUUGCCCAUUUGGCCUUGGUGGUCUCAACUGUGGAAACCCCUAUCAGCUUAUCACCGUGGUGAUUGCAGCAGCAGGAGGCGGGCUUCUGCUGAUCCUGGGCAUUGCACUGAUUGUCACCUGCUGCCGAAAGAAUAAAAAUGACAUAAGCAAACUCAUCUUCAAAAGUGGAGAUUUCCAAAUGUCCCCAUACGCUGAGUACCCCAAGAACCCUCGCUCGCAGGAAUGGGGCCGAGAAGCUAUUGAGAUGCAUGAGAACGGAAGCACCAAAAACCUCCUCCAGAUGACGGACGUGUAUUACUCGCCCACAAACGUAAGGAAUCCUGAACUUGAACGAAAUGGACUCUACCCGGCCUACACUGGAUUGCCGGGCUCCCGGCAUUCUUGCAUUUUCCCGGGACAGUACAACCCGUCUUUCAUCAGUGAUGAGAGCAGGAGAAGAGACUACUUUUAAGUGAGAAGAGAGAGGAGCCCAUUGCUCUGAGCGAGUGGCUGGGUCGGCUUUGCUCAGAGGACUGCACGGGGCCUGCAGGUGCUGCUCCCAGGACUGUGAGCCGCACUGGAGUGGCAGGCAGGAAGUGGGACGGGUGUGAGGGGCGAGGCCACAGUGGAAGGCCGCUCACUUGUUGUUACUGUGAAUGUGCACAUGGCCAGUACCAGGAGGUCUCGGCGCGACCGCGGCUCGGCCACUGGUUGCAGGGAUGACGCCGGCUAGGGCAGCUCGUUGGGCACCACUGCAAGCACCGGGGUCUCCUUAGUUUGCACUUUAGUAAAUUGGGUAGGGAGGUCUCCUUUUGGGUUUUUCCCAAGACUCCCAGAAAGAAGGCCUCGUUUCCCCAGAUGCUUCCAUGGGCCUCGAUUUGGUGAUUAAUUUAUAGCAAAAUACUGGCUUGUUAGUUGUUUUCCUGCCCAGCACCGUGUGCUAAACAACAGGUGAUGGUGAUGAACAUACCACUAAGGUCUGGAGAUGCUGUAGGCUGUUGUACAAUAUUUUAAUAUGUUUCCAGGUCUUCUUGUGCUGCAGUCUCCAAGCCAACCCCCAGAAUGAGAAAUGGAAACGUGUGCGGCCCAGCCCACCACACCAGUUUGGUUUUUUAGUCAAGUUAACACCUGAAGUGAAGGUUACUUCUUCCCUUUGCAGUGAAAGCUCACUUUUUCAAACCAGCUGGGCCAGGGCAAAAUGACUUCCAUUUGGUUUUAGUUAGAGGCACCCAGCUGCCCUGCAGAGAGGCCCAGCAAGCCCCAGCCAGGCAGGGGCUGAGCGGAGGCCCGAGGAAGAGCGAGAGAUGCAGGCGGUGGGGUGCUCUUCAUCCCUGAGCACAUGGCGUGGUGCCUGGGUGUCUGACCUUCGUCCUUGAGGCCGAGGCGGCUCCAUGUGGAGUGGAAAUGCUAAGCCGAAUGCAGGUUGGGUGUGAGCUGGCAUUUCACCACUAAAGGAAAAGCAGCGUGUGUAGUUUCGACAGCUGACUGUGGUUAGAGCAAUGGGCUGAACGGGCCAGUCCAUCGCCUGAAACCCCAGUGCUGUGGGAAGCCGGGCAGAUUCCUGCGGAAGGAGAGCGAGCUGGGAUGGAGCCACAUGUAAGUCUGCUCACCUCCGAUGCUGCACCUUUAACUGUUUCCCCGAUCUCACCCACAAAGUCGGUAUAAACUUUCAGCCCACUGCUCAGAACUAUUUAUUCACCGAAGAAGUAACUUAUUUUCGCUCACCCAGUGAUUUGCACUCUUUGUACUACUAUGUAGUUUCCUCCAGAAACACGGCCCUAAUUCAGGUCAGCAUUGGAGAACAAAAGACUCUGGGGAGACGGGGGGGGUGAGAGUCGGCCUCUGGGAGGGAACGUCGGUGAGAGUCGGCCUCUGGGAUGGAACGUCGCGCGUCUUAUUUAUCAUGCCUGUGGCGUGGGGCCUGCGAGGGGCGUGUUCAGUGCUGUCUCUAACUGCUCCUUGUGGGGCUGUGAUGAUUCUGCUUUGAUGCAUCCUAGGUUUGGAUGAAGUGGAGAACACAGAGGUAAAGAACUGGUCCCACCCGGAAGCUCAGAGCUCAGUGGAACCCAUAGUGGGGACAGUUCUGUGCUGGGGCUGUUUCUUUAAGGUUCUCUAACCCCUUCAGAUGUAUCUAACUCUCACUCUUCUGUAGUCCUCAGCUUAACAGUUUUAAGUGCGAACUCCUGUGCCCCAUGGUCUCCACGCGUCCUCACCCCCCCUGCAGCAGCAGGAGCCAGGAGCGCCAGCCGGGAGUGCGGCCUCCAGGUAGUUAAAUUGCACUCAUCUCAUGAGCUAGAUGCAGAGAGAAUGCUGUUUUAGUCAGCAGGUGCCAACUUAAAGUCGCCUUUUUGAAAUCUUGGCCCUUGCAUCUGUCCGUGGAACCAGCCCUGUGCCCCGUGGCCUCACAUCUAACUGGAGAGCUCCGAGCUCCUGCAUCUGCUCGCCUGAGCCAACAGACUGAGUGGCCUGGCGCCCGGCUCUCAGUCAGAUCUUGCUCCUCCCAGGACCCAGAGCCACGUGGGGGCGAUUCUCAGGCGUGCCCCGCUGCCACCACAGCUGACAAGUCACCUCCUAUAUCUGGGCCGGAGCUGUGAGCUCCACAAAAUGAAGUGUUCCACCCCAAACGCAUUCUUGAGAGGAAUCCAGAAAAGAAUGUCCUGUGAGCUCCAAGAACACUUGCCUGUGAAUGGGUUUUGUGCAGAUGAAAUGGAUUAAGAAUGUGUUUUUCUUUUACUGUGAAAAAAGCAGGCCCCCCGCAAGGUUGCGUUCAACUAGGGCGCUGCGAUUGCUAGGAAGUGAGUGGGGGUGGGGAAUGCCUCUCCAGGGCCUGAGGCUCUGAGAAGGCUUGCAGACAGCAUGACCGUUAGCCGGUGCUGACUGCCCACCGGGGUGAGGACGGGAAAGGCUGGCUUCGCUCCUGGGUGGGGCUGGUACCUCCAGAAGAGUCUGUCUGCCAAGAGCAACACCUGCUAGGGCAGCAGCCGCCUCAACUGAAGGGACAGGAUGGGACACACCCCUGGCAAACACACCCUCAGCCAUGGCCCAGGUGCGCAGUGUCAGCCCCACACCUGGAAUUCAUAGAAAUGCCCCAGCCCUGUAUCCCUGGGUGGGCCCACAGCUGGGGGAGUGGGAGGAAGGGGAAAGGGACACUUAACUUGCCCAUGAGACUCUUAAACUUUUUUAGGGAAGAGCAGGGCCGAAUGGAACCCACCUGUCCCGUAGCAUACCUGGGCAGGUAGCGUCUGUGGGUUUUGUGUAAGCUCUUAAGCAAAGGGUCUUUUUUCUCAUGUCUUUUCCUCUUCGCCCCGUGAGCCAGCCCAGGACUCUAGAGACAACAUGGGAAGUCUAAAGGGUCACAUAGCAUCUCUGGUGUUUCCUCCAUGGCAGGCUCCGUGCAAGGUAUUGGACCUCACGACACCCUUGCGAGGUGGGCACGAGAGCGCCUACUUCUUGGGUGUGGGAAACUUCAGAGAGGACAAUUACCUUGCACAGCCGGGCUUCAGACCCUUUGCCUGGCUUGCUCUUCUCACUGUACCUCCCUGCCUCACCAUCCAGUGUACUUUAAAUGUAAAAGGGCAUGGGAGAGUGAGUUUAAAGUGUGUUAUCUUUUUGUAAAAGAACCUUAAUGUUAUUAAGCAGUAACUAAUGACAUGAAGUGCAAAAAAACAAACAAACAAAAAACCUAUGUUGACUCCCCUUUUAAAAAAGUCCUUUCAGGUUUGUUAUUACAUGUAUUUCUUGGACACUUGUCGUCAUCAUUAAGAAAAUAGUGCUGGUUCAUGCUUAGCACAGAGCAUGUAGGUACGUGGCUUUGGGUGUAGGAGGUGUAAGGUGAUGAGCGGGGUUUGGGACACACAGCCAGACUUAGCCGUCCACCUGAGGGCCACUCUGUCUUGUUCCCUCGCUAAGGCUGUGGCUCCCACAUUUUGGAGGCACAUUUUUGUGAAUAUUAUCCGAGUCGGGAACAUAUUCAGUUGAAUGUCUGAAACGCUGACAAAUCUUCCAGCUUUGACAAAAGUUUAUUUUCAGAAGCAGCUAAGUCCUUUAGAGCAAACUUGCUGAGUGGAUAGCUUCAUCAAAGCUGGCUGGCAGCAUUGGGGUCAGAAAUGAAGAUGGGAUUAUUAAGUUCUUGAGGAGGUGACUAUGAAAGUUGGCCCAGAGGGAGGCAGCCUCUUUUCAUUACAAGGCUGGAUGGCUGCCCAAGAAAAUGUCUUUGAAGGGUAUUUAUUCAGAUGGGAACGUGCCCAGGGCAGACACGGUAGGGUCUUGCACAUGGCCUUUGGGGGGCCUCUACUAAGCCAUCUUGCCCACUGGUGAAGGGCCCAGGUCCCCUGAAGCUCUAUGAACUUUGCUUCUGGCUUAGUUUAGCCUAACACACCCACAACUUGGGUUUGACCCAUAGUUCUAAGAUUCUUACACUGAUCUUAAAACUAAAGCAAGUCUUUGGAAAGAGGAAGAAUUGCAGUCUUUUGCAUCUUAUUUAACACUACCCUACUGUCAGAGAUUUUUUUUUUUUUUUUUUUUUUUUUUUUUUUUUUUGGUGUGUGUGUGUAUGUGAAAACUUUUGUAGGGGUUAGAAGGGACAUUUUAUUUCACUCUGGGGUUCUUGUGUUUGGGUUUGAAAAAGGAUACUCAGUUUUGUAGAGUUGGCUUUUACAGUGUGUGUUCUUUUCUCCAAUCCCCAGAGAAGGAAACUCUGGUUAAAAUACUAGGAGCAUUAAAGUAUUAAAUGGCAGUUGAUCCAUUGUGCUAAAAUAUCUUUUCAGUAGUGUUAAAAUCCAUCUUCUUUGGUGUAAACUGCUCACAGAAAAACCUGUGAAGCCAAAGGGACAGUGUGGGUCUGAAAAAGAGACAGAUCUUAGACUGGCUCUGUCUCCUGGGUAUUUGUGAAGAGGAUGCAUUAGAUCUGGUUUUAUCGUUGUUUUUUGGGCAUGUCGAAGGCAUUAGAUGCAGAAUUAUUGGGUAGGAAGGAUGGGACCACCCAGGGAAAGGAUGGAUGCAGUCUACCUGUGAAACUAACCCACUUAUCUUCCUCUAUUGCCUUGGUUACAAAAAAGGUUUUUCAACAUGGGUUGUUGUGAGGUUUUUUUAAUGUUUGUGUUGCUGGAUUUAUGGUGAAAUGAAGCAUGUAGCUGGAAUCUGAACUGUUUGAGUCACAUCCUGGAUCUCUCUUUGCAAACCUUGACACCUUAGUCCCCAAUGGAUUGUGUUAAAUCCAUUAUGAGGAUGUUAUUUAAAAUUGUAUUAUAACUGCAACCUCCACUAAUUAUUCAGUACUGUAGCAGCAAAGUAUUAUUUGUAAGAAUUCGGUUAUUUUUAUACUUAUACCCACUAUAAGUCUGGCGUUCUAGUCAGUAAAAUGAUGCAAUAAAAUAAAUAUCAUUUUCA